AUGAAUCGGUCGAGCAGCUCCACUACAAGGUCGGCUUUGAACAUGGUGCAGCGUAGACUCACCGCAUCAUUGCAGAGCGGCCAAGAAGAACUCGAUGCCUUCGAAGCCGUAGAGGGGGGGACGGAUCGUGUUUGUCGCGGCAGCAGUGCCUCAGAUGACGACAAUUCCUAUUAUAUUGUGCAUGGUGGGAGCCGAGCAGCGAGCUUGGAGUCCUGUAAGAAUGCUUGUGUGGACACCCCAGGAUGCAGAGGCGUCGAGUGGAGGCCAGGACGCUGUGAAGUCUGGACUCGUGUUGGUGGCAUCCAGGCAGCCGCGGUGACCACCGGUCCCGUCUGCUUGCGGUAUGUGCCCUUCGUCCUUGCAGAGGGCAGGCUAGACCGUGCGUGCCGGGGCGGAAGCGUGUCUGACAACAACCCAGCAUACUACGAGAUCACGACUGCGGGGUCUUUGGAGGCUUGUCAGGACCUAUGCCUGGGUUUGCCAGCCUGCUUGGGCAUCGAAUUCAGCGGUACGCGCUGUGAGCUGUGGACGCGGUCUGAGCGCAUUGCUGCAACAGCUUCUCUCUCGCAGAGUCAGCCAUUGGCGCCAUUCGUCCAGGUGGAUGGUAACGAUCGAGCAUGCCGAGGUAGGGACGAGUUCGACGAUGAUGCGAGCUUCUUCACCAGUCACUCCUUGUCCACGGAAGGCUGCAAGUCUCUCUGCGCACAAAACCCGCUCUGUCAGGGUGUUGAGAUCUCAAGCAGCGACUGCAAGGUGUGGACCCGCGCCUCUGGAAUCCAGGCCACGGUGCCGCUGGCCGGUUCCGUCUGCCUCCGUGCCGGGACACUUGGAGUUCCCGAUGCGUUUCCGCGAGUCGAUGGUGGCUUCGACCGAGCCUGCCGUGGCCAAUCCACGUCUGACUGGAGCCCGUCCUACUUCGUCUAUUUCAACGCAGCACAGGCUCCUACGCUCGAUGACUGCAAGGCCAGGUGCCUGAAAAACGCCGAUUGCAAAGCAAUCGAUUUCAGCAGCAAUGGCUGCAAUGUGUGGACGCGACCCGUCACCACCUCAAUCAGCUUCAGCGGAUCCACCUGCUUCAAGUAUGAACCCUUCGUGGGCAUUGAUGGGGGAGAGAGGCGUGGCUGUUUUGGUGCACCACCGUAUCAAAUCAAGACCUUGACUUUUCCACCUGCAGAGAUGGCCGAUCAGUGCAAGCUUGAGUGCGCUCGAACUCGAGCAUGCCAAGGCAUCGAAUACAGCAGUUCCCACUGCAGCGUUUGGACAUCCAACAUUUCAGGAAGCUACUCCAGCGAGACUCGGACCUGUCUGCGCUAUCAGCCUCUCAUACCGGUCGGCGGUGGCUUAGACAGAGCUUGUAGUGGCAUGGACCCCACUGAUGCCUGGCCAAGUUACUACAGUCUCGCGACUUCCGAGUCUUUCUCCCUGGCCUCGUGCAAAACACUGUGCCUUUCAACCAUCGGAUGCAAAGGCAUUCAGUACACCGCAGGAAACUGUCAGGUUUGGACCCGGCGCGGAGGCAUCCAGUCUUCCAGGGAUCAGAGUGGUUCCUUAUGUCUGCGCUUGGGUACCGGGGACGUUUGGGAAGAGGCCAGUGCCUUCGUUUCGAUGGAUGAGGGCCACACUUGCGGCGGUGAGGGAUUGACGGCUGUGGUACAUGGGCCUGAGAAAGCCGGAGCGUUGCAAGAGUGUGAGUUGAGAUGUGCCUCCAUGCCUGGUUGCAGGGGGGUCGAUUUCGGAGUGGGAGGAUGCAGAACGUGGCACGGGCCUGGAGUGGUCAUGGCAGUCGCAGAACCGGGGUCGACUUGCCAUAGCUUCUUGCCGUUUCGUGACGUGGACGGGGGUGAAGGCCGCGCUUGCCGGGGUGUGAGCCCAGAUGAUGUGCAGAGCUCCUACUACCUGCAGAAGUCGGCCGCAUCGUUGCAGGACUGCCAGGACCUCUGUGUGAGGCAGUCUGAGACCGAUUUGACAAGCUGCAAAGGCAUCUCCUACGACUCGGUCCCCGGCACCUGCCUCGUCUGGACUCUGGCAAUCCAGGCCACGGCGCCAGAGAGUUCCACGUCCCUGUGCCAGCGGUACGAGCCCUUCGUGGAGAUGGGUCGGGACCGGGCGUGCAGGGGGUCUCAUUCUCAAGACAUAUCUGACAGCUACUACACCUCUCAGAACUCGUCCGAAGCUCCCAAUCUGGAAGCAUGCCGUGUCCGCUGCCAACAGUCCUCCAGCUGCAGAGGAGUUGAGUUCGGUCCCGACGGCUGCAAGAUUUGGAAUCGGGACGUGCGGGCAACGGCCGAAGCAUUUGGUUCCAUUUGCCUAAGGUUGGCGGUGCAGCAGCUGGAGGAGGUCGCUGAGUCGGCGGAUGCCUUCCAACCGGUGGAGGGCGGCAGCGGCCGUGCAUGCCGUGGGGCCGACAGCACCGACACCAACGCGGCGUACUACGACUAUUACCACCCUUCAGUUGUGACCAGCAUGUCCCAAUGCAAGGGCUUGUGCAUUGAGACGUCGGGCUGCCAGGGCAUCCAAUUCAGCAUUCACGGCUGUCAGGUUUGGACCCGGCCGGCUGGCAUCCAAGCCACCGCCCCAUCGCCCGACCUGACCUGCCUCAGUUACAAGCCUUUCCGCCUCGUGGAUGGCUUCAGUGACCGAUCCUGCCGUGGGACCAGCGUGCAGGACAACGCUCCCUCGAACUAUCUGACCCUGACGGCUCCUUCCCUGGCAGACUGCCAGAGCGCCUGUGCACAAGAGCCUGGGUGCAAGGGAGUUGAGUACAACGCCAGCGGCACGGCGUGUGAGGUGUGGGCGUUGCCCUCAGGCAUAGCCGCAAGCGUUGCUUCGCAGGGAACCACGUGCAUGAGGUACGAACCCUUCGUUGCAGUUGAUGGUGGCUUGGACAGGUCAUGCCGUGGAGCAAAUGCGGAGGAUGACUGGCCGAGUUACUACACGGUCCACGAGUACACUUGGCUGUCUGGCCCAUCCAUCGAGGAAUGCAAGGAGCGAUGCCUGUCUACGCCCGGUUGCCGGGGUGUGGAAUACACGAAAGGACAGUGCAAAGUUUGGACACGACAGGGAGGAAUCCAGUCCAGUGCUCCAAGUUCUGGAUCCUUGUGCUUGCGUUUCGGUGCCUUCGAUUCUUUGGAGUUGCUUGAUGCAUUCUGGCCAGUUGAUGGUGCGGACCGUGCUUGCCGUGGCAGCUCCCGCGAGGAUCUCCAACCCAGCUAUUACACGUCCGUGGGCCCAGACAAGGCCGCAUCUCUCGAAGCAUGCAAGAGCCUAUGCGUCCGGACAUCCGGCUGCAACGCCAUCCAGUUCACAUCCAUGGAGUGCCAGCUGUGGACAAGGAGCAGCGGUGUGGAGGCCACAAUUGCACAGACGGGCUCGUCUUGUCUGCUCUUCCGACCCUUUCGCACCGUGGACGGUGGCCAGGAUCGUCUGUGCGCUGCCACAGGCAGCCAGCCCAGUGCAAUGGCUGCAGAUAGCUUGAGCUCGUGCCAGAUGCUCUGCGAAGGCUCGGCGUGGUGUGCUGGGAUCAGCUUCGAUUCUGGCGAUUGCCUCGUCUUCACCGGUGAGUUCUCCAGCCAGGCACGUCAAGGCAGCCAGUGUCUCAGUUACGAGCCCUUCGUGGCGGUGGAUGGCGGGGUGGACAGGGCUUGCAGAGGCUCGCACGAAGACGACAUCAGCAGCUUCUAUUACCAAGACUACUCUCCUGCUGAAGCGCCCACACUGGAGCAGUGCAAGCUGCUGUGUGCAGCCACCGAGCAGUGCCAGGGGCUGGACUUCUCCCAAGACGGCUGCAAGGUGUGGACGCGUUUCGGGAUCCAGACUACGAAGGCCAGCCAAGGGCACUUCUGCUUGCGGUACGGAAGUCCAGAUCCUUUGCUCACGGCUUCUGCUUUUGAGCCUGUUGGAGGAGGCAUGAACAGAGCCUGCCGUGGCCAGGAUGAGAUGGACAACUUGGACAGCCACUACCUUGUCUUCACCGCAUGGCCUGAAAAUUCAUCGAUGGAUGCCUGCCAGAGGUUGUGCAUGAGGACUGAGGUGUGCAAAGGCAUAGAGUUUCGUUUGGGCGCCUGCGAGAUUUGGACCCUUGCCGAUGGGAUCCAGGCUUCAGUCAGCGCACCUGGAAGAGCUUGCUUCCGAUACAGGCCCUUCAGGACACUGGACGGAUUCUCUGACCGGGUUUGCCGCGGGAGCGGGGUUAGCGACACUCAAAGCAGCUACUACAGCAUCUACUCCCCGCUGGAGGCUCCGAGCUUGGACUCUUGCAAGGCCCUCUGCAUGAAAAAACGGAGGACUCAGACUCCGAGCUGCAGAGGCAUCGAGUACCGAGGCUGGUGCGAGGUCUGGACAAGGCCGGAAGGAAUCGGAGCAGUUGCCGUUUCCCCCGGAUCCCAGUGCUUGCGCUACCUGCCCUUCAUCAACAUCGAAGGUGGGAUCAACCGAGCCUGCCGUGGUUCGGAUCCACUGGAUACGCACAGCAGCUUCUACAAUUUCUUCAGUGGCACGACGGUGGAGGAAUGCAAGAUUCUCUGUACCACAACCGCCGGAUGCAAGGGUAUUGAAUUUCGCGAUGGACGUUGUGAAGUGUGGACUCGGCGCGGUGGGAUCCAGGCCUCCACAUAUACGAAAGGCUCUUUGUGCAUGAGCUACGGUGGGGAGGAUGCUUUCGAGGACAGUCAUGCUUUCACAGCUCUCAACGGAGGCUAUCCCUCGACAUGCCAUUCAGCUGGAUUGACUGCGUUCUCUGUUGGCGCGCAGCAGGUGUCUACCCUGCACAGCUGCCAAUUGCGAUGUGCGUCCAUGCCGGGCUGUCGAGGAGUUGGCUUCGGUUCUGCAGGCUGCACAGUCUGGCUGGGAUCCGGAGAGCUUUCUGUAUCAGAUGGAGGAUCCGGUACUUGCCACAGCUUCUUGCCGUUUCGUGACGUGGACGGGGGUGAAGGCCGCGCUUGCCGGGGUGUGAGCCCAGAUGAUGUGCAGAGCUCCUACUACCUGCAGAAGUCGGCCGCAUCGUUGCAGGACUGCCAGGACCUCUGUGUGAGGCAGUCUGAGACCGAUUUGACAAGCUGCAAAGGCAUCUCCUACGACUCGGUCCCCGGCACCUGCCUCGUCUGGACUCUGGCAAUCCAGGCCACGGCGCCAGAGAGUUCCACGUCCCUGUGCCAGCGGUACGAGCCCUUCGUGGAGAUGGGUCGGGACCGGGCGUGCAGCGGCUCCAGCAGCGACUACACGCAGUUGAGCUUCUCCCAAGCUUCGAGCCUGGAUGCCUGCCGUGGCCAGUGUGUCGCCAAUGUCGGCUGCACAGGUAUCGAGUUCAGCCAACAGCGCCUCCGAUGUCGACUUUGGCUGCGCAGGGUGCAGAGCACGCUGCCUGAGCCGGGCACCAUUUGCUUAAGGUUGGCGGUGCAGCAGCUGGAGGAGGUCGCUGAGUCGGCGGAUGCCUUCCAACCGGUGGAGGGCGGCAGCGGCCGUGCAUGCCGUGGGGCCGACAGCACCGACACCAACGCGGCGUACUACGACUAUUACCACCCUUCAGUUGUGACCAGCAUGUCCCAAUGCAAGGGCUUGUGCAUUGAGACGUCGGGCUGCCAGGGCAUCCAAUUCAGCAUUCACGGCUGUCAGGUUUGGACCCGGCCGGCUGGCAUCCAAGCCACCGCCCCAUCGCCCGACCUGACCUGCCUCAGUUACAAGCCUUUCCGCCUCGUGGAUGGCUUCAGUGACCGAUCCUGCCGUGGGACCAGCGUGCAGGACAACGCUCCCUCGAACUAUCUGACCCUGACGACUCCUUCCCUGGCAGACUGCCAGAGUGCCUGUGCACAAGAGCCUGGGUGCAAGGGAGUUGAGUACAACGUCAGCGGCACGGGAUGUGAGGUGUGGGCGUUGCCCUCAGGCAUAGCCGCGAGCGUUGCUUCGCAGGGAACCACGUGCAUGAGGUACGAACCCUUCGUUGCAGUUGAUGGUGGCUUGGAGAGGUCAUGCCGUGGAGCAAAUGCGGAGGAUGACUGGCCGAGCUACUACACGGUCCACGAGUACACUUGGCUGUCUGGCCCAUCCAUCGAGGAAUGCAAGCAGAUAUGCCUGUCUACGCCUGGUUGCCGAGGUGUGGAAUACACGAAAGGACAGUGCAAAGUUUGGACACGACAGGGAGGAAUCCAGUCCAGUGCUCCAAGUUCUGGAUCCUUGUGCUUGCGCUUCGGUGCCUUCGAUUCCCUGGAGUUGCUUGAUGCAUUCUGGCCAGUUGAUGGUGCGGACCGUGCUUGCCGUGGCAGCUCCCGCGAGGAUCUCCAACCCAGCUAUUACACGCCCGUGGGCCCAGACAAGGCCGCAUCUCUCGAAGCAUGCAAGAGCCUAUGCGUCCGGACAUCCGGCUGCAACGCCAUCCAGUUCACAUCCAUGGAGUGCCAGCUGUGGACAAGGAUCAGCGGUGUGGAGGCCACAAUUGCACAGACGGGCUCGUCUUGUCUGCUCUUCCGUCCCUUUCGCACCGUGGACGGUGGCCAGGAUCGUCUGUGCGCUGCCACAGGCAGCCAGCCCAGUGCAAUGGCUGCAGAUAGCUUGAGCUCGUGCCAGAUGCUCUGCGAAGGCUCGGCGUGGUGUGCUGGGAUCAGCUUCGAUUCUGGCAAUUGCCUAGUCUUCACCAGUGAGUUCUCCAGCCAGGCACGUCAAGGCAGCCAGUGUCUCAGUUACGAGCCCUUCGUGGCGGUGGAUGGCGGGGUGGACAGGGCUUGCAGAGGCUCGCACGAAGACGACAUCAGCAGCUUCUAUUACCAAGACUACUCUCCUGCUGAAGCGCCUACAUUGGAGCAGUGCAAGCUGCUGUGUGCAGCCACCGAGCAGUGCCAAGGGCUGGACUUCUCCCAAGACGGCUGCAAGGUAUGGAAUGGCACCCAAGAAAUCCAAUCUACCAAGGCCAGCCAGGGGCACCGGUGCUUGCGGUACGGAAGGCGUGACCCUGUCUUGGAUUCCUCGUCCUUUCGGGCAGUGGAAGGUGGCGUCGGGCGGGCUUGCCGUGGCAGGAACGAAACAGACAAUCUGGACAGCCACUACUCGGUGCACGUCUUCUGGCCCGAGAAUGCCAGCAUAGAAGCAUGCCAGCAGCUUUGUGUGGAAACUGCUACUUGCAAAGGCAUCGAGUUCCGCCUGGGAGCCUGUGAGAUUUGGACAUUGGCUGGCGGCAUUCAAGCAUCAGUUGGUGCUCCCGGGAGGACGUGCAUGACGUACGAGCCCUUCCAAUCCGUUGAUGGAUUCUCUGACCGGGUAUGUCGCGGCAGCAAUUCCACUGACAGCCAGGACUCGUACUAUGCCAUUUACUCGCCAAGCCAGGCUCCGUCGUUGGACGCAUGCCAGUCAUUGUGCCAGAGUACUCCGGGCUGUCAGGGAAUUGAGUACAGAGGUUGGUGUGAAGUCUGGACGCGACCAGGUGGAAUCGGCGCAGUGGCACCUUCGCCGGGAUCGCAGUGCUUACGGUAUCAGCCCUUCGUCGGUGUGGAUGGCGGAGUGAACCGAGCCUGCCGUGGUGUCGAUUCCAGCGACAGCUGGGGCAUCUACUACACCGUAUAUGGACAGGAGGAGGCAGCCACGGUAGAGGAUUGCAAGUCAAGAUGUAUCGCUACAUCAAGAUGCAAAGGAAUCCAGUUUCAACCCGGGAGAUGCGAGGUGUGGACAAGACGUGCCGGAAUUGGGACCACUGCUCCGAGUGCCGGCACAAUCUGCAUGCGCUAUGGCACCUGGAGCAUUGCAGAUGCCAGUGAUGCUUUCGUGAUGGUGGAAGCAGGCCCCAACCAAGCAUGCCGCGGGUCGAACCCAGGUGAUGAUCAGCCGAGCUACUACAUCCUGCGCGGGCCAGAUCUGGCUGCAGACGAAACAGAGUGCCGACAGCUCUGCAUGGCCACGCCAGAAUGCCAGGGCAUCGACUUCAGCACCGACGGAUGCAAGGUUUGGACACGCAAAGCUGGAAUCCAGAGCUCAGCUGCGUGGGGAGGUGCGACCUGCCUGCGCUAUGAUCCUUUUGAGCCCGUGGAUGGAGGUGAAGGUCGUGCAUGUCACGGCGGCGUCAAUGAGAGCUUGGAGGACUACGUCCUGUAUGCUUCCGCUGAGGUGCCCACGCUUGCGGACUGCAAGAUUCAGUGUGCUAGCACCACCGGCUGCAAAGGUGUGUCCUUCAGCAUCGCAGGCUGUCAAGUUUGGACCCAGGGCGGCAUCACCAGCACUGCGUCUGCAGGCAGCAGCUGCUUCAGAUACAUGCCUUUCGCCCCCGUGAAUGGUGGAGACGAUCAAGCUUGCCGAGGAGCCCACUCACAGGACAAUGACCCGAGCUACUACCUGUCCUUCUCAAGAGAGCAGGUGCCGUCAAUCGAGUUGUGUCGGCUGCAAUGCGCUGCUACCGAAGGCUGCACAGGCGUUGAGUUCGGAGCCUUGGGAUGCAAGGUUUGGACCCGCUUCGAAGGCAUCCAAGCGACGGAGAUGGUCCAAGGCUCCCUCUGCCUGCGCUUCGGGCCCCCGAAUCCCCUCUUGGGCGCUGGCGCCUUCCGGGCAGUGGAAGGUGGCGUCGGGCGGGCUUGCCGUGGCAGGGACGAGACAGACAAUCUGGACAGCCACUACUCGGUGCACGUCUUCUGGCCCGAGAAUGCCAGCAUAGAAGCAUGCCAGCAGCUUUGUGUGGAAACUGCUACUUGCAAAGGCAUCGAGUUCCGCCUGGGAGCCUGUGAGAUUUGGACAUUGGCUGGCGGCAUUCAAGCAUCAGUUGGUGCUCCCGGGAGGACGUGCAUGACGUACGAGCCCUUCCAAUCCGUUGAUGGAUUCUCUGACCGGGUAUGUCGCGGCAGCAAUUCCACUGACAGCCAGGACUCGUACUAUGCCAUUUACUCGCCAAGCCAGGCUCCGUCGUUGGACGCAUGCCAGUCAUUGUGCCAGAGUACUCCGGGCUGUCAGGGAAUUGAGUACAGAGGUUGGUGUGAAGUCUGGACGCGACCAGGUGGAAUCGGCGCAGUGGCACCUUCGCCGGGAUCGCAGUGCUUACGGUAUCAGCCCUUCGUCGGUGUGGAUGGCGGAGUGAACCGAGCCUGCCGUGGUGUGGAUUCCAGCGACAGCUGGGGCAUCUACUACACCGUAUAUGGACAGGAGGAGGCAGCCACGGUAGAGGAUUGCAAGUCAAGAUGUAUCGCUACAUCAGGAUGCAAAGGAAUCCAGUUUCAACCCGGGAGAUGCGAGGUGUGGACAAGACGUGCCGGAAUUGGGACCACUGCUCCGAGUGCCGGCACAAUCUGCAUGCGCUAUGGCACCUGGAGCAUUGCAGAUGCCAGUGAUGCUUUCGUGAUGGUGGAAGCAGGCCCCAACCAAGCAUGCCGCGGGUCGAACCCAGGUGAUGAUCAGCCGAGCUACUACAUCCUGCGCGGGCCAGAUCUGGCUGCAGACGAAGCAGAGUGCCGACAGCUCUGCAUGGCCACGCCAGAAUGCCAGGGCAUCGACUUCAGCACCGACGGAUGCAAGGUUUGGACACGCAAAGCUGGAAUCCAGAGCUCAGCUGCGUGGGGAGGUGCGACCUGCCUGCGCUAUGAUCCUUUUGAGCCCGUGGAUGGAGGUGAAGGUCGUGCAUGUCACGGCGGCGUCAAUGAGAGCUUGGAGGACUACGUCCUGUAUGCUUCCGCUGAGGUGCCCACGCUUGCGGACUGCAAGAUUCAGUGUGCUAGCACCACCGGCUGCAAAGGUGUGUCCUUCAGCAUCGCAGGCUGUCAAGUUUGGACCCAGGGCGGCAUCACCAGCACUGCGUCUGCAGGCAGCAGCUGCUUCAGAUACAUGCCUUUCGCCCCCGUGAAUGGUGGAGACGAUCAAGCUUGCCGAGGAGCCCACUCACAGGACAAUGACCCGAGCUACUACCUGUCCUUCUCAAGAGAGCAGGUGCCGUCAAUCGAGUUGUGUCGGCUGCAAUGCGCUGCUACCGAAGGCUGCACAGGCGUUGAGUUCGGAGCCUUGGGAUGCAAGGUCUGGACCCGCUUCGAAGGCAUCCAAGCGACGGAGAUGGUCCAAGGCUCCCUCUGCCUGCGCUUCGGGCCCCCGAGCGAACUGGUUGAUGCCAGUGCUUUUCAGCCUGUGGACGGGGGCAUCGACAGAGCUUGUCGUGGCAGCAACGAAACUGACAACCUCGAUGCCUAUUACACGCUUUUCUGGACCUGGCCGGAAAACUCCUCAAUGGAGGCGUGCAAGGUGCGAACUCCAAGUUGCAGGGGCGUUGAGUUUCGGAUGGGCGGGUGUGAGAUCUGGACCCUGGCAGCUGGGAUUGGAGCGACAGUGGCAUCUCCUGGCAGGACUUGCCUAGCUUACAAGCCCUUCAAGACCCUGGAUGGCUUUAGUGGACGAGUUUGCCGCGGCAGUUCGCCAACAGACAGCCUGAGCAGCUACUACACAUUGACAGGCCCUGAUGUUACGCCGACUCUGGAUGCUUGUCAGAAUCUGUGCAUGGCGACUCCAGGGUGCAAAGGUGUUGAGUACAGAAGCGGCUGGUGUGAAGUCUGGAGACGUCCAGAAGGCAUCAUGGCCAUCGCCGUUUCUCCUGGCGCCGACUGCUUGCGCUACGAGCCUUUCAUGGAGGUGGAUGGUGGCGUGAACAGAGCCUGCAGAGGAGCAGACGUCGGGGACAACUGGGGCAGCUACUACACCGUUCUCUCUGCGAGUUCGCUGGACGGAUGCAAGGAAGCCUGUCUAAGUCGCUGGAAUUGCAAGGGCAUCGAAUAUCGAAAGGGCCGCUGCGAGGUAUGGACCCGUCCUGCAGGCAUCCAGGCCUCUAUCGCGAGUUCCGGGGCACUUUGUUUGCGGCUUGGAGGCAGCGAAGAGCUGGCAACGGAUGCCUUCCUCUCCUUCCACGGAAGUGUGAACCGGGCUUGCCGCGGGUCGGAUCCCUCAGACGAUCAGCUGAGCUACUACGAUUGGCACGGUCCUUUGGCAGUGCAAACCCUGGAGCAAUGCAAGCUGAAAUGCCUUUCGAUAGCAGCUUGCAGGGGGAUUGACUUCAGCGCAGAGGGAUGCAAGGUCUGGACACGUGAGGUUCAGAGCAGCGUCGAGCGAGCAGGCUCCACUUGCUUGCUCUACGAGCCUUUCCAGCCAGUUGAUGGGGGGGAGGAUCGUGAUUGUCGCGGAGCUCACAGCACUGACAUCUCUCCGGCCUACUUCACAGAGGGCCCAGAAGCCUCAUCUCUUCUUGACUGCAAGCUGCAAUGCGUCGCUACAGCUGGCUGCAGGGGCCUCGCCUACAACAGCACGAGCCAGGUGUGUCAUAUCUGGGCCACCAACGUCCAAGCAUCAACGGCGGCUUCCGGAAAUGUUUGCCUGCGCUUCGAGCCUUUCGUGGAUGUGAACGGAGGCCGCGACCAGUCCUGCCGAGGAGGGCACAUUUUUGACAAUUCUGGCUUCUACUACAGGUCGUACACACUGGCCCAGGUGUCCAACUUGGAAAGCUGCAGGGUCGAGUGUGUUGGCACAAACGGCUGCAAAGGCAUUGACUGGAGUGCAAGCGGCUGCAAAGUUUGGUUGAGAGUGCAGGGUAUCGAGGCCACCGCUGCAGUGCCAGGUUCCGUCUGCGUCCGCUAUGGCGUGCCUGAUCCCUUGCGAUCCGCAGACGCCUUCCCGGGCAUGGACGGUGGAAUCAAUCGUGCGUGCAGAGGUAUCAGCGAGAGCGACAAUGAUCCCCAGAACUGGAUUUUCUUCCCCAUCUCGCAGGUGAGGACCUUGGAAGCCUGUCAGCUGCGAUGCAUCUUCAAGCCCGGCUGCUUUGGGGUGGAGUUCAAUCUCUGGGGCUGCGAAGUAUGGAUGCGAGAAAUCCAGGCUUCUGUUUACGCAUCGGGCUACCAGUGCUUUCGCUUCACGCCCUUCGUUUCAGCAGAUGGCUUCACCGAUCGGGCUUGUCGUGGGCAAGAUGCAUCGGACAACUUGGGGUCUUACCUCACCUUCUACGGCCGAUCAGGCGAGUCACCCUACGACGGACAGAGGUCGACCUGCGAGCAACUGUGUGCCUCCACCUCGGGGUGCAAGGGCAUCGAAUUCAGCUCCGGCCACUGCGAGGUCUGGACUCGCGAGGCUGGGAUCCAGGCAACGGCUCCGGCACUGGGGUCUUCCUGUCUGCGCUUCGAGCCUUUCUCCAACGUGGAGGGUGGGGUGGACCGAGCCUGCCGCGGAGAAGAUCCAUUCGACAACUGGCCGAGUUACUACACGCUGACCAGCGCAAGCUCCGUCCAGGAUUGCAAGCAGCUCUGCAUGGGCACAGCUGGCUGCCAUGGCAUCGAGUACAGCAGCUCUGGUCGAUGCGAGCUGUGGACUCGUGCGAGGGGGAUCGGAAGCUCCUCGGCGGCUGUGGGAUACGUGUGCAUGCGCUACGGCUCUUGGGACCCAUCCGACGUCCUCGACGGCUUCCUGCCCGCAGAUGGGGCGUUUGAUCGAGCCUGCCGCGGUAUGAACCGGACAGACAUGAACUCCGAGUAUUACGUGUUCUAUGCAUUGGACAUUGCCCCGAACUUGGGUGCCUGCAAGGCCAUCUGCACAGUCACCCCUGGUUGCAAGGGCGUGGAGUUCAGCAGCUUUGGAUGCGAGGUUUGGACACGUGCCGAGGGAAUCGAAGCCACGGCUGCAGUGUCUGGGUUCCAGUGCUACCGCUACGUUGCCUUCGAGCCUGUGGAUGGUGGCCUAGACCGAGCGUGUCGGGGUGCCGAUACCUCGGACGCCUCUUCGGCGAACUUCGUCCUGUGCCCACCCUCGGAGGUGGCAUCCUUGGAGCAGUGCCAGGCGCGCUGCGUGGAGAGGCCGGGCUGCCGGGGCGUCUCCUACUCCUCGCAGGGCUGCGAGCUUUGGACGAGGCCUUUCGGCAUCGAGGCCACGGUGCCCAAGGUGGGUUCCAGUUGCUUUCGGCACGAGCCUUUCACCGAUGCAGAUGGGGGAAAGGACCGCGCGUGCCGCGGCGCGCAGCCCUGGGACAACUCAACCGAGCACUACAGGGAGGCAACGCUUCCGAUACCGACGCUGGCAGCUUGCAAGGUGGCGUGUGUCAACUCUCCGGGUUGCAAAGGCAUCGAGUUCCAGCCCAACGGCAAGUGUCUGAUUUGGACGCGCCCGGGUGGAAUCGACGCGACGGCCACUUCCUUCGGCUCCAUCUGCCUCCGGCACGGUGCCACCCAAGCUGGGGCCAGCGAAGAAGGAAGUUUGGUGGGCCAGAUUCACCUGGCAUCGGAUCCACGGCUCUGCCUGGACGUCGGUGGCUUCAACAACGGAGAUCCUGUCCAAGUGGGGCUGUGCACAUCCUCGACUCGCUUCGUAAUGAACAGCGACGACACUGCUCAGAUUCGGUUGGCAUCAGAUCUGACGAAGUGCCUGGAUGUGGCCGGUGGAAUCAAAAGCAACGGCACGCGGAUUCAGAUCUGGGAUUGUGAAACUCCGGUCAAUGGCAAUAUGCAGUUCCUGUUUCCCGAUGGCGGCGUCGGACAGAUCAGGUGGGCCACGUAUUUGGACAUGUGCCUGCAGCCGGUGGGCAACACGACCGGAAGCCAGGUCAUCCUCUGGAAUUGCAGGCGGGCUUCUGGCAACUCACGAGUGGUGCUGCCUAGUGGGGAGCUGCGCACCGUUCGCACACCGAAGUUUGUUGCCCACUACCUACCAUGGUUCCUGGGCAACAACGUGGACGAAGCCUGCACGAGAAGCGGACCCAACUGUCCUUACAAGAAUGACCAUUGGUGUUCAACGUAUGGGAAUUCUUAUUAUGCCAGUUACCUGGGCGCCUAUGACAUAACUGGUCCGAACGUGAUUGAGACCCAGCUGGAUCUGAUGAAAGCUUCUGGUUUGGAUGGGUUGUGGAUUGACUAUCAAAUGCCCACUUGGGAUGGCGUUGUGGACAGGAUCGUUGCUGGCUUGAAGACGAGGGGAAUGGGCUUUGCCAUCAUGGUCGAUUCUGCCACUUUCCCUGACGUCAUGGCAACCACGGCUGAGAAGGUCACGAACUGGACCAUGGAGCCUCACUACUAUCGCCACCAGGGCUUGCCCAUCAUACCAGUUUGGAACAACAACUUCACAAUCUUCUCUCCACUCCCCGUGAAUGCAAUCUACAUCACUCGUUAUGAGUUCGAUCCUCCCGAGUGGGCAUCUGACACAUAUACCUGGGUUCAGGAUGACUACCUUGUCAGGUAUUACGAACAGCACCAUGCCGUCGUCUCCUCCGGUUCAGCUUUCCGCGGCUAUCGUGAUUGCUAUUUCGACAAGACCCUCAAGGACCCAAACGUCACGCAGCUGGAGAUCACCCUGAACCGAGCGAGGCAACAUCGACCGGAGUACGUGCAAUUGGUCACUUGGAACGAUUACACCGAAGGCACGCAGCUGGAGCCCAGCUGGAUUCGCAGAGAGGGUGAGUGCGUGGACGUUUGCGGAGAGAAUUGCUUAACGGUCAGCGAUUGUCAUUCCAACGGCCUGUUGACCGACUGCACGAAGCCUGUGGGUUCUGCUACGGGCCCUGCAGACCCUUCCUGCAAUGUGACUGGCAACCUCAGUGCCUUCGCAGACCUCAACCAGGUCGCAGCCUUCAUCGCGCGUGAGCGGUACAUAGGUCAGGUAUUGGCCCAGGCAGCUCGCUACGUGCCCUGA